UGAUUGGUCGAUGUACGUCGCAUCUUAUGCCGCUUCGUGUUUGUUUUGCUGCGUGUCACCUGUACUAGUGGCAGAGCGAAGGUCCCGCAAAUUAGAAAUGUCUCUAGACAAUAUGCGGGGCAGUUAUGGACGUUGUCCACCGUUUCUGGUUGCAGGCUUACUGGUAGUGUGUAUUAUUUUAACAUUCAAUUGGUGGUCAUUGUCGUCUCAGAAUUACGAUCUGAUCAAACAGAUAGAGGAGUUGGGAGAACAGUUAAAAAUAAGCUCUGAAGAGCAGGAAUUAUGUGUCCAUCAUCGGCUGUCGGCGGAGGGGCGGAUGAAGAUUCUGGAUGCGGAGGUCGCCCAGGUUAGGGUGAAUCUCUUGCAGGAACGCACAGAUAACGACGAAAUGAAAAAGACGCUGGAAACCAAGGACGAGGAGUUAAGAAAAGCGAAGAAGGAACAGGAGAAUAGCCAGAAGUCUACAAAUAUAUGCAAAACAGAACUGGAAUCCAUUAAGAAGCUUGAGAUAACUAAAGAUGGAACUAUCGAAUCGUUGCAGCUCGAGAAGAAACAGCUCUUAGGCCAGCUGAACAAGCAGAAGGAAAAGAUUCAGAGUCUGGAGGAUGAAUUGAAGCAGGCUCAAGCUGCUCUUGAGGAGGCCUUCAAGAAAAAGCUUCCGGACGUGCCAGGAGCCCAAGAAAAGGCAUCUCCAGCUCCCCCUCUGAAGCUGAGUGACAACGGAAUGGCAGUGGGCGGAGACCACGAGCGAGAUGGAGCACAGGAAAUGGAAAGAGCAGAGAACGAAGAGAACAAUGCAGGAGAGAGGGGUGACGAUGCCAAUCCAGAAGAGGGGGCUGGCGAUAAUGGUCCGGAAGGUCCUGUGGGGGAGGAACCAGCAGCACAAAUGAAUCGACUCAAGUGAUUUUAAACAACUUCCAGUUUAAUUUGAUAAUUUUUAAAAUGUACACAAACACAAAGACACUUGUAACAAGUGGACUGUCACUAGAAACGUUGUAAAGUUGUCCCUGUGCUCAAUUAAGCACCACAGUGUGAAGACUUGGUUGAGAGGAGGUAUAGCAAAAUAACCUUUUGGCAAGUUUGGUCCAGUGGGAAAGCUGUGACACUUUGUUAAAAAGGAUUUGUUCAAAAAAAGCUAGUGAAGGUUACUGUCUCUGAAACUAUGCCCAUAGGGUGUGCAAACCUUGAUGCCAUUUAAUCAAGGUUAACGCAACUUUCCUCUGGUGUCACAGCGUGUAACAUUAGUUUUCUUGGUGUGGUGAAAGUUGUGAGGCAAUGCAAAAAAUAUACAUCACAUUUGUAAGUGACAUGUCAGAGAAAGAGACGUAAGUCUCGCUGUUGGCAUAACUGUAGACACCAAAAUGUUGUAAUUAUUUUAUAGGUUUAAAUGAGUGCAAACCACAGUAUUGUAUUAUUGUACAACUGAGUAUUAAUGUAGAUACACCUUGUGUGUGUUGCGUGAAUAUAUUUCAGAAUAUCUAGAACCGGUGCACUGCACAUGUGUAUCGUAUGCAACCCAGCAAGUAUGCACACCUUGUGCUUCUGAUAUAUGUUGACAGAAAUGUAAUAUAUAUUUAAAAUGUAACUUUCCUGUCAAGUUAUCUGCAGCAUACUGCAGAAGCUUUCCUUGGGAGUAAAGUGGCUAGAACAUGAAGGUGAUAACUGAA